AUGCAACAGAAUGGAUAUACAAUCAUAGAAAAUCUGCAAGACAUAGAACGCAUCUGUACAGGCAAAGGUUCUAGAAUUAGAUUUGUUGCGGUCCUUCAAGCCAUUAUCUGUACAAAAAAUUCAUUAACGUUCCAUUUGGCUACAUUCAACGAUAAUGACGACACCUUCAUUGCAAGAAUAAACAUCAAAGAAACGUUCGCUAAUAGAAAUGCAACGUUUGCGUUCGCUCUAUUGCAACGAGCUUUGGCCUUCGACACCAUUCAUUUCCCUCAGGAUAACUUGGCGUCCGAAUGGAAACGAAGAGAUAUCCAUAUUCAUGAGUUAAGACUUGUGGUGGCCUCGGCUACGUAUGUUACAAACGGGUCCAAGUCCUCUUUAUAUCUAGAUGAUCUGACUCCGCUGAAUCUGGGGGCACAAGCCACCAGGGCGUGGGGUUAUAUGCAAUCGGGGCAUCUUUCGGACGAUGACUGGUUGACUCCAAAUAUUACGAUGUUGUUUAAAAGAUUGUGUAAAUUGGAUUCUGAGGAUCAGUCAUUGUUUCAGUUCAAGGGUUUGCAUAAUGUGGAAUUCAAAAAUAAUGAAUGUUUGAAAAAUAUUGUACUCUCGUAUCAAUCAGUGAAUAAAAGAAAACAACAUGUGUCCAUGGUGAGUAGGAUCUUACCAAUCUAUAAAGGAAUAGACACCAUUGAUUCCCAGAAUGAGUUCGAUUCUCAGGCUAUGGAUACUCAACAGUCGCCUAACGUGCUUGCUGUUCCGAUUACAACUCUGCCCACACCGAGUCAGAUACCUUUGUACAAGUCUCAUCCCGCACCAAGCCCACAAACUGCAGAUUUCCAGGUAGCAGAACCUCUUGCUGAACCACCUAAGAAAUUAGAUGAUUUGAGACCAAAAGCUUUUGCAUUCAUGGAUUUAGGUUCACGCACUUUUGCUUCGGCCAAGUUUGUCGGUUCAAUGAAAUCAGACAAUCGUAACAAUAUUUAUUUGAUCUCCAAUGAGAAUGAUCCAUUGGAAAAUGUGAUACAGGAGAACCUUCUGGAACCUUAUAUCAAUUGUGUCGUUGUGAAACCGACAAAUGACACUAAGGAUAUUGCUGUUCAGGAAAUCGACGAAGAGAUUGAAGCAUCAUUAGAUGCUGUGAAGUCCAACAUGGACCCAGAGAUUAAUUCGGCAUAUACAAUUGUACCACAAUUAAUCUCCUAUAAGAAAUCAGAUAAAUCAAUACCUGUAGAAAAACGGUUUUUUUUUGAAUCACCAAGAGAAACAUUCAAACAAUGGCAAGAUAUUAGUAUCACUGAUAAAUUCCCACAGUUUAUUAAGAUGGUUGCUGUCUUGGUAUCAUAUUCAUGUGAGCAUUCCAGUUAUUAUGAUUUUAUUUUCACUGAUUUCACAUCCAAUUUCACUGAUCAUAAAUACUUAUUUGAUAAAUCUUUCCUUUCACGCGAUACUACAAUCUCAUUUGCACAAGGAUUUAGAACGCUAAUGUAUCAUGACCGAUUGAAAGCAUUUGAGUAUCAAUUGAAAAGGGUAACCAACAAGUCCAUUCAUGAGCUUGCAGAUUCAAGUAUUAAGGAUAACCUUUCCCACAAUGGGAUCGUGUGUGAAUUGACAGUGAAGGUCUCAGUAUACCAAGAUAAAUUGAAUUUAAUUUUGAGAGAAUGCACUCCGUUGACAAGAUCAGUAAUAGACUCAAGAGCGUGGUAUAACGAUAAGACUGCAUUGAGUCAUUUACAUUCUUUGUAUAAACGUACGUUUGAUUUUUGUACUCAAAAUCGUAUGACUUUGGGACUCGAAAAUAAGGUAUAUAAAAAUUUCGCUAGAUUUUUCCCAAUAAAAAGAACAGAUGAAAUUCCUGGUGCUGUAAUUAUUAUUCCAAAAGAUGAAAUAUAUAGUUAUGACAAUUUUGAUGAUAUAUUCAACAUUAAUAAUAAUAAUAAUAACACUUCUGUGGGUACGCCAAAUGAUAAAAUAUAUUCAUAUAUUCCAAAUCUAAACAUCGACAUUGCAUCCUUUGAUAUAACAAAUGAAACUGAAAAUUUCACUUCCUUAUACAAGACUCAAACAAAAAUGAACCACUUAUUUAUUGUUGAUAACUUAAGAUUGUUAUCAUGGAACUUAUUGAAAGUUGAAAAUAUAUUGAUUCUAAAUGUAUCUAAUGAUUUAGUUUCAACUGGAAAGAUUGAACAAACAAGAAUCAUGCCUCUUUAUAUUGUUGAUAGAUCAAAUCUAACAUAUUUUUGUAACGGGGCAUUUGAUUUUGAUAAGAUAACCACUGAAUUAAAUAAAUUGGUAGGUCAAAAGUUUAGUUUCAAGAUUAAAACGGGUAGAUUAAAAUUAAAUGAAAAAUAUCUACUUAAGAUCUAUUGUCCAAUUGAAUGUACUCUUGCCGAGUUAGUAAGUCAAUGGGAUGCAUAUAGUUUCGAUAAAGAGAUAGAAGAGAAGUAUGGUAGUUAUGAUAGUGCUAUGGUAAAGAUAGAGCAAUGA